UAAAUAGUUAACCGAAUUCCGUUUUAUAUAACUACCGAAUAGCUGAGUUUAUUAUUAUUAUUAUUUACAGUAUUUAUAUAGCGCAUUAUAUAAUAUAAAAAAAAAUACUCUAAGCGCUUUACAUUAAAAUAACAAUAAACUACAAUUAAAAAUUGAACAUAUCUAAAACAGUGUAAAAAAAUAAUAUUCGUUUCAUUAAAAGAAUAUGAAUUCUAGCACUGGCUUAUACAAAAUCGUGAUUAAACUACAGAAAAUACAUACAAAAAGGUUUCAUAAAAAAGAAUAUUAAUACUGUCACUGGAAAUGGCUUACAUAAAAUCGUGAUAAGCAAGUCUGAAGAAGUAAGUUUUUAUAUUUUUCUUGAAAAGUUCGAAAGAAUUUUCGUUGCGGAUGUAACUUGGAAGGUUAUUCCAGAGUGUGGCGGUUGCUUUGUCAAACCUUCUGUCGCCAUACGUUUUGGUCUUAACUCUUGGUGUUUUCGGAUCGUAAAGACCUUGAUGGAUUGUAUGGACUGACCAGUUCUUCAAGGUAGACAGGUACAAGACCGUGGAGAGCUUUAAAUGUGUACAUUAACAGUUUGUACUGAACCCUGAAAUGUACUGGAAGCCAAUGGAGUUUCACUAAAACUGGUGUAAUGUGCUCAUUUUUCUUAGUUCUGGUAAUCAGCCGUGCUGCUGAAUUCUGCACACGCUGUAACUUUGACACAUGUCAGAAUUAACACCAUAGAAAAGGGCGUUUUCAUAGUCUAAACGCGAAGUCACUUGCGAACUGACCAAAGUCUUGCAGGCGUCUUCAGUAAUGAAUGGUCUUAUGCGUCCAAUGUAUCGGAUCUGAAAAAAGCAUGCCUUUGAUAUAGCAGUUGCCUGUUUUCGCAUGCUUAGUGUUCUGUCAAAAAAUACACCUAGGUUUUUAACAAACGAAACAUCAUGCACAACGGAUUUAUUGUUUACAAAAUACCCGCGUUUCCGAAAAAUGAAAACGAAACCUGACGGGUAUAUAUUUUUCUAGUCAUGAUGCAACACUUCUGCACGCCCGACAGUUGUUUUUCAGAAAAUCAGUUUUUCUCACGGUAAAACGCCAGGUGUUGGAGCACAUGUCACGCGCUAGAAGGUAUUUAAAGAACACGGAUUAUCCCCUGGUCAUCAUACACUGAAAUAUUCGGAGAAGAUGGACAUGAAAAGACAGAAGAGACAGGAAAGAUCAAAGUUGCCUGAAAAGAAGCGCCGUCGAUUGGAUUUGAAGCAGGAGAGAAUUACCCACAAAGGAGCCAACGAAGCAGCUGAAGGAGAUACACAUCAAUCAGAAGUUGGACUUUCUGACCAAGUCGACAUCCAUACUAUUCCUGAUGCAGUUCCCAAACCAGGAUUCACCAAAGUCGACCACCUGAACAAAGUUCAAGAGAAUAGGGUCAUUAUCGACCUAGAAACUACAGGAUUGAUUCAGCCUGGACUAAUGCCUCAUAUCACACAGAUUGCUGCACAAGUUAUGGAUUCUGAUGCCGAGUUUUCAUGUUAUGUUUCACCUAAAGUACCCAUCAAUGAAAAAGCUGAGCAGAUAACUGGUAUAUCCUGGGAUGGUGAACACAUGACUGUGCACGGAAAGCAAGUGGCAACUGUAUCGAUAACAGAAGCACUUUCAAAAAUUUUAAAAUUUUUGAAGAGCAUUAGCAAUGUUAUUUUAAUUGCACACAAUGGAAGCGUUUUUGACUUCCGUGUUCUAUCCUAUGCUAUAUGUAGAGUAGGAAUGAUGAAUGAAUUUUCAAAUCAUGUUUUAGCAUUUGUGGAUUCUUUGUCAUCAUUGCGUUCAAAAGUUCCAAACCUUCGUUCUUAUAAGCAAGAAUUUCUAGCAGAAUAUUUCUGUCAAGAAUCUUACAAUGCUCAUGAUGCAGUUCAUGAUGUCAAAAUGUUAGCCAAGAUUUUGUGUGCAAGUGGCAUGACAAAAGUAGAUUAUGUAAAACAUUCUUAUGCAUCAAAUUGUCAUUUUUUACAAGAAAAGUUCAAUCUUGCCAAGGCCAAAAAUAUUGGCACCCUACAUUGUCUUGUUGCCAGUGGUGUACUCGAAUUAGCUACUGCAGAAAAUAUCGCAGGCUCUGGCCUAAAUCUACAACAUUUGAAACUUGUUUGGCAGAGAGAUGGUGAAGAUGGUCUGAGAAAUAUUUUUACUGCAAAAAAUUGUAUUGAGAAACCACGUGUUACCAAAGAUAAAAAGUUGUUGGGAAAUAUUAUUCCAAAGCUUUGUUCAUUUUUUGAACAGUAAAUUUGCCAUGUUUUAUAAGCAUGUUUUGUGUUUGACACAUGUAAAGUUGAUACAUUAGCUAUUCGGUCUUUAGAUGUGAAAAGUAAACUUUAUAUGAUAAUGAGCAUUUCCUGAUGAUUCAAGGUCAGGUUGAGGUUAGUGACAUGUAUCAUUGUUUUAUCAAGAGUUCCCAUGCUUUCAUUGUUUGAAUGAUACAUUUUUCAUGUCUGUUAAUUUUUUUUUCAAAUUGGAAUUUUGCAUCAAAAUGUUUCAAUGUUAAGAUUUUGUAGGGAGGGUGUGUGUGUUCAACAUAGCAUAAUUAAAGUUUUCUAUGGUAAAUGUCUUUAUAAUUGUGGUAAACAAUUAUAUAGGGAUUGAACUUCAUUUGCAGUACAUUAUUUGUGACAAUUUUGCAUUUAUUUUUUUUAAACAGCGAUUUUGUACAUUUCACCUUUUUGCAUUUGAAUUUUUAUUUUUCUAUUUUUCAUGUUUUCUCAUAGUCAGACUGUCUUUUUGACGUUAGAAGUGUUUUAUAAUAAUCAAAAUUAUGCUAUAAUAAUAAAAGAAAACUUUAAAUGUC